CUUCCAUAUCGCCAGAGCCAAUACAAUCCGGAACAAGAUGAAUUUUCUCGCAGAACUCCUUGAGAUCGAGAACAACUUGGAGAAUAUCCUUCAAUUUACCCGGAUGUCCCUUGAGCACCGAGCUGGGAAUAUGUUUACAAGAGCAAUUUCCUGGAGAAGAUCUAAAGAAGAUCUAGAGAAGAUUUAGAGAAGGGGAAAUAAAUUUGAAGAGAAGAAUUAUUGUUUUCAAUUAUUAGAAAAUCAUGGCUUCGAAAGUUCUGGUGAAACUUCCAACUGUACCCUUCUCGCAAGGCAAAAAAGCACCACCUGAACUUGUGAGUUUACCAGCGAGAAAUGAAGGCAGUGUACAAACUCGGCAGCAGAGAUUGAACGGAGACAGAACGGCUCAGUUAGAACAAAAUAUGAAAUUUUUGCAAGAACAACAUCAGGCAACUUUAGUUGCUUUGCAUCAGGAAGUUGAAACAUUGCGUCAACGAAAUAGAGAUUUGCAAUUCCAACUUGUUUUUUCUAAAGGAUCAAAUGUGUCAAGUCCCGUGACAUCUCCCGAAGAUGGUGGAAACGGGUUCGUGAAACCAAAGGGAAGCCCGUCGUGCGUUAACGUCACUCCCCUCCAGGUCGAACUUCUGGAAAAAGAUCUUCAGGACAUUAAGACAUCUUUAAAUGAGGCCAAGAGACACAAUAUUCAUCUCGACGAUAUUAUCGAGAAACAAAAAAAAAUGUUGGAACUCAAGGAGAUUGAAGAGAAAAAGCUUGCCGUUAACGAUAUUGGUAUUCAAGUGGGAGGUGGUCCAGAUCCCUUGCAAAUGGAUUUGACAACGCGCUUAGAGGACGCCGAGGCAAUGGUGAAGAGACUUCGUCGCGAAAAUGAGGAUCAACGAAGAGAAAUUGCCACAAUAAAAGCAUCGCUCUACAAUGGCAAUGGAUCUAAUGGACGAAAUCGUAGACCGAACAAUUCCCAUCACAAUCGCGCCUCUCAAUCUCAAGGCGAAGGUGACGAGCACACUUCACACAAAUUCCCACCUCUUCAAACUCAAAGUUAUUGGCAUCGCGGUUCCAGAGGGAAUCACAGUUUUGAUCAUAAUUCCGAUUAUCAUCGAAAUGGUAGAGGCCGCGGCGAUAGACAGGACCGUGAAUUGGAGGCGAAUACAGUUUUGCCUCAAUUGCGUCAUGGCUCAUCAGUGAAAUCGGAUAGUUCGUCGAUUUAUUCGUCAUCUCAUCGAAAUAGAUUUUAUGCCGAUGAUGGGAGAAAUUUUCACAGCGAUGGACGAAAUCGUAAAUUUCGUGCUCCCAGAUCGCAAAGGGAUCGUCGAGACACUGAACCGCGUGAUCAUCGUCGUGAAUAUAAGGAUCAAGAGUAUCCCGAAUCUUCCGCCGAGGGUUCAAGGGACACCAAAAAUACUAGGCGACAAUAAGAGCUUCAACUCCUUUCCUUUGACUCUUUUACGUGUCACAAUCGUAAACAAAUUAUUACUCAACUUAUUGCGCAAUUCGCAAAAAAAAAGAUCACAUAUUGAUUUACAUUUCCCAAAAAAAGAAAAACUGAAUUUUGCGGGAUCUGAUUACUUUCAAUUUUUUUGCCGAGGUAUUUUUG